CACGUUGUUGGCUGAAUGCGAUGGCGGACUGCUAUGUCCCCAGACCUUACCAGAGAUCGAAGGGAGAAAGUCAUUGAAUUUGCACCGGAACCGUUAUAUCGUAAUCAAACCACCUGUUAUAGGGCGGGAGGAUUCUGUUCCGCCAUCCCUCUUAAGAAUAGUAUGGGACAUAGUUAAUUUGGAGUACGUUAUUUUGGACAGGACAGAGUGCGCUAGUGCAGGCUGCCGCAUGCGAGCCAGCAAGUUGACAGAUAUAACAAAACUCGAGUAAACAGGGGACAGUCCUAAAAGGAAUUACGGAGGUUAAAGAUAUAGCUGCUACGACAAAAUGAAAUUCGCGGAGCACCUUUCGUCUCAUAUUACUCCGGAAUGGAGGAAACAGUACCUUCAAUAUGAGGCGUUCAAGAGUAUGCUGUAUGCAGCCCAGGACCAGGCCCCAUCCAUAGAAGUCACAGAUGAAGACACUGUCAAGAGAUACUACGCCAAGUUUGAGGAGAAGUUUUUCCAGAAUUGUGAGAAAGAGCUUUUGAAGAUCAACACAUUCUAUUCAGAGAAACUUGCUGAAGCACAGAGGCGUUUUGCCACCCUGCAGAAUGAGCUGCAGUCGUCUCUGGAUGCGCAGCGGGAGAGCAAUGCCCCAGGCCUCCGCAAACGCAAGACGGUGUUCCACCUGUCCCAGGAGGAACGCUGCAAACACCGCAACAUCAAGGACCUGCAGCUGGCCUUCUCCGAGUUCUACCUCAGCCUCAUCCUGCUGCAGAACUACCAGAAUCUGAACUUCACAGGUUUCCGUAAAAUCCUGAAGAAGCAUGAUAAGAUCCUGGAGACCCCCCGCGGGGCUGACUGGCGUGUGGCCCAUGUGGAGGUGGCCCCUUUCUACACCUGUAAGAAGAUCACUCAGCUCAUCUCUGAGACAGAGGCUUUGGUGACCACAGAGCUGGAGGGAGGGGACCGUCAGAAAGCCAUGAAGAGGCUGAGAGUGCCUCCACUGGGGGCAGCACAGCCUGCUCUAGCCUGGACUACCUUCCGCGUUGGCCUCUACUGUGGGGUCUUCAUAGUCCUCGCUAUCUCCUUCCUCCUCACUGGUGCUGUACUCAUCCGGUAUGAGAACGUGUGGCCUCUGGUGCGUAUCUACCGAGGUGGCUUCCUGCUGAUUGAAUUCCUCUUCCUGUUGGGCAUUAACACCUACGGCUGGCGCCAGGCGGGGGUCAACCACGUGCUCAUCUUCGAGUUGAACCCUCGCAGCAACCUCUCCCACCAGCACCUGUUUGAGAUUGCUGGUUUCCUGGGGGUGCUGUGGUGUUUGAGCAUCCUGUCCUGUCUGUACUCUGAGUACACCAUGCUGCCCAUGCAGGUCAACCCUCUCAUCCUCUACGGCUUCAUGCUCCUCUUCCUCAUCAACCCCUUCAAGACCGGCUACUACAAGUCCCGCUUCUGGCUGCUCAAACUUCUGUUCCGUGUGUUCACGGCGCCGUUCCACCGCGUGGAGUUUGCAGACUUCUGGCUGGCCGACCAGCUCAACUCUCUGGUGAUUGUACUGAUGGACCUGGAGUAUCUCAUCUGCUUCUACAGCUUUGAGCUCAAAUGGACCGACCGCAAAGGCCUCCUGCCCAUGUUCAACGGUGAUUACACGUGUCAUAGUUACUCCUACGGUCUCCGUGCCAUCAUCCAGUGUCUGCCCGCUUGGUUCCGUUUCGUGCAGUGCCUCCGUCGGUACCGAGACACCAAGCGAGCUUUCCCUCACCUUGUCAACGCUGGCAAAUACUCCACCACUUUCUUUGUGGUCACCUUCGCCGCACUCUACAGCACCCACAAAGAACAAAAGCAUUCUGAUGCAGACAUGUUCUUCUACCUGCUGAUGGUGUUCUCAGCCAUCAGCUCCCUGUACACUCUGAUCUGGGACCUGAAGAUGGACUGGGGCCUGUUUGACCGUGGAGCAGGAGAGAACACCUUCCUCAGGGAGGAGAUCGUCUACCCACAGAAAGCAUACUACUACUGUGCCAUCAUAGAGGACGUGAUCCUGCGUUUCGCCUGGACCAUCCAGAUCUCCCUCACCACCAUGACCAACAUCCCCUCUGUGGGAGACAUUGUGGGCACAGUGCUGGCGCCUCUAGAGGUGUUCAGGCGUUUUGUCUGGAACUUCUUCCGUCUGGAGAACGAGCACCUGAAUAACUGUGGUGAGUUCCGUGCUGUGAGGGACAUCUCAGUGGCUCCGCUGAAUGCUGACGACCAGACACUGCUGGAGCAGAUGAUGGACCAGGAGGACGGAGUCAGGAACCGCCAGGGCAAGAAGAGCUGGAAGCGCAGCUACAGCCUGUCUCUACGACGCCCUCUGAUGUCCUCUCAAUCAUCCAAGAAGGACACCAAGGUGUUGAUAGAGGAUACGGAUGAUGAGGCCUUCAGCUGAGCCCAGGGCACCAGCUCUACACCCCCAGUGAUCUUAUCACUCCAUCACAGAGCUGCCUCAACACACACACACACACACACAUCGGCAGACAUAGGCAGACAGAUAGACACAAACUAAUACAUACAUGCAGAGAAACACAACAAUUAACUUACUCAAGCACAAUCUCAGUAUAUGAUAUUGGUAUAGAUGAGGUGGAAUUACACACACAGUUCUGUUGUUCAGACCAAGAGGGAUACACACAGGAACAUAUUGGAGAAAAAACACCCAGACCUGGGAUUUUCCAAUGAGUACUUUUAUUUUUUGUUAACAGACUCCUUUAGUUUCUUUUCUUUAUGUUAAUACUUUUUAGUUUGUAUAUUUGUUUUUGUAGUUCUUUGCCAUUUUUAAAGAUGUAAUAAUAGAGAAUAAACAACUGUUUACAUGCAUUUAGUAUAUCAGGAUCAACAGGGAUAAGACAUAUUAAUCAAAAAGACUAAUAAUAAUAACCAACCCGAGCAUGGACUCUGCAACAUUAACCACAGCACAUCAACCACAUCAACUGGUUUCAACCUGUUGCUUCUUUUUCUACUCUGCGUUUUGGGUUGAUUUUUUUUAUUGAGUUGUAAUAAUGAAGUCGGUGUAAAACCCUGGCAGCACUUGCAGGAAAAGUGCAUUUCAUACAAACAAACCAAAACAACUUGUACAAAAAUAUCAUUUGAACAUAUGAGUCUGUUAAAGUUGCUUUGUAUAUUUGUUCAUGUGCGUUAUUUGGAUGUCAGAACUAUUAUGUACCCCAUGUAUUAUUUAGAAGAAUGACAAUAGCUUGAGCAUCUGUGCAAUGAUAUUGAUGUGUUUCUCAAUGGUGGGAAUGUUGUUAGACUUGUGCCAUGCUUUCUAGAAGCCGUUGUUGUCGAAGAGUACAAACUCUUCAGGUGGCUCAUUCUCCCUCUCAUACAAGCUUGGCCCACAGAUCAGUUAGUCAGCAACACGUUACAACUUCAAAGUUAUCUAAUUAGCUCAUGGCAAGUGCCCUACACGUGCAAAACUGUACUUUGCUUUUCUGCCAAACGUGUUCUUUUAAUUAAUGUCGUUCGCUGGCGUAUCAUCAACCAUCUAGCUAGCCUGAGAAGAAUGGUCUGUUCUGUGCGGCGGUGGAGUUGAGAAGAGUGAGCGGUUUUUCCAUUUCUCUGCCCUUUAGGAAAACGAUCCCAUUCUCUUUUGAUCAGU